AUGGCGACAUCCUUCAUGUUAGCGGCGAAGCUGGUCGUGUUGCUCCAACUACUUCUGUUUUCACGGUCCUUGAAGACUGGACCGAACAUGCGAGAUACGCCGCCGUCUAUUUGUCAGCUACGGCGUCCCACAGAUGAUUAUUUGAAUCAUAAAAUCGCUGAAUGGGAGAAGGCGAGUGGUGUUGAAAUCUGGGUUGAGAAUGUAAGAGGGGGUAACGUUGCUCUAACAGUUGAGAUUCACGUAUUCUCGAGAAAUUGGACGUCGUUGGAACUUCAAGUGCGCCCUCUCGACAAAUUAACUGCAAUUGGUGGGUGGACUUUAUUGGACGAUGCGCGGAAGGAUAUCAAAACUGCAAGCUGUGCAUCACCUUCUGAUACUGCCAUACUCUACAAUAUACGCAAUAAGGAAAAUAGUAACAAGACUCGCCUUAAACUACGAUGGAAAUCGGUCACACCUGUAUUCGACAAUUUAGAAAUAAUAGUUUUAAUUAACAGAAAUUCUACAAGUUGGUUUACAGUGACGUCAUCACUAUUGGAAAAAAUAUCAACAGCCCGAAAAGGUAACCCGCUAUUCUUAGAUUCAUGA